GAUGGAAAUAGAUGAAGUAUAUAAACGUAUUCAGAAAUAUAGCAGUGGGGAUUUAACGAAAGCUUUAGAAAAUGCCUCUGAUAUCAAUCAAAAACACAAGCGGAACGGCGAUACUCUCCUUCAUAUCACUUGCAGAUUGGGUAGAAAAGAUUUAGUGCAAAUUUUGAUAGAGUCAUUCCAUGCCAACCCUGAAAUAGCAAAUAAUGAUGGUAAACGCCCGUUACACGAAGCCUCUCAAAAUGAUCAUUUGGAUUGUGUUGAAUACCUCUUAGAGCGAAAAGUAUGUGUCGAUUCUUUGAAAAGGGCCGAUUGGACGUCGCUAAUGUUGGCUGCUGUGAAAUCGUCCUUGAACUUAAUAAAAGUGUUAAUCGAUUAUGGCGCGUCCACGAAUGUUCGAAAUAAAGAUGGUUGGACACCAAUUCAUAUAGCCGUACGUUCAGGACGUAUUGAAAUUGUUUCUUACUUUCUUACUAUCGAUAGUACUCUAUGGGAAACGCGCAGCAAUAAUGGAAGAAGUAUUUUACACACAGCUUGUAUUCAUGGGCAUUGCGAAAUGGUCAAAUAUCUUCUAAGAAAAACUGCAAUAAGCGUUCAUCUCAAAGACAGUUGUGGUUUAAAUCCCUUAAUGGAUGCUGUAAAGGGAGGUUCCGUUGAUAUAAUCGAUCUUCUUGUUACAAAUGGGGCAAAUAUAAAUGAUACUGAUAAUUUAGGGAAGAGUUGCAUCCACAUAGCAGCUCAAGCGAACCAAGCUGAUGUCAUAAAACAUUUGAUAAAGCAUCACAAUGUUGAUAUCAACGCUCAAACAACUGUAGGACUAUCAACGGCUCUGCAUAUAGCCUGCAAAGAACACUUGAAAAAUAUCGUAAAAACAUUAUUAGAAUUGGGGGCUAAUCCAGCCUUAGAAGAUUCCCGAAACCGAAAAGCAGAGGAAAUUGCUAGAAUAGUUGAUGCGGCUGACUGCUUAAGUCUGUUAACUAAUUAA